CUUGGGUUCAUCUACCUCCUGCACACAUGUGCAUAUGUAUGUAUAGUUUGGAUCGAUUUCAAGAUGUUAUAUACCUACUAGGUACCCAGGGUAUACAAAAAUAACAUAAUCCAAAUACGAAAGCGGAAAUGAAAUGGCGCCCCCAACUAUUCUUGCGCAUAAAUCAUCUUUCCUCACAGCGCAGACACUACAACUAAGCCAGGCCCUUUCCCCGAGCGCUACGUGGAAGGAGUCCAAUUCACGGUCUGCCGAGGGAGGAUUGAGUGAGCGAGUGGUAGACGAGGUAUUAUACCGCGCCAACCACACUCUCCAGCAGCAUGCCCGACGCGUGUACGCGCCACAAGCUAGCCGGCAUGUCGCCGAACAAAUAGAGGCUUUGUAUCUAGAGGCCGCGGAGAAGGCUGUCCGUGGUAACACCAUCGGGGGUGGAGGAGAGGGAGGCGAAGGCGAAGAGGGUGAUGCUGAGGGGGUUAAGGAAAGAGACGAGGAAGCCAAGUUCUUACGAGUGGGGGCAGAUUUUGCAACUGACGAAGUCAUCGCUUCCUUGCCUCCUACCUGGGACCAGCACUCUCCAUCGCAAGCUGAAGCAAACCCUCCAGAGGCGCACCGGUACGCCGAUCUCGCCGCCUCGCUGUCGUCUCUCUCUACUCGCCGCAAGGAAGCGAGAGAGCGCCUCGACCGUCUCCGCCGGAUGCGCGACUCCCUAGCCCCCUUUGCGUCUAGCGGGUCAGAUGGUGCCGACUCGGUCAACAGCAAGGUGCAACCCAACCUUGUGACCCGCGACGGGGAGCUCGAGAAGGAGCUCGAGCGUAUGCGUGUUCUGCUUGUACGGGUUGCUGGCCGUGUGGCGCAGUUGCCGGAUCAUCCUGAAUCUGCCGAGGAUGCAAUUAUGGAGGACCCGGAGAUUGUAGAGCGCCAAAAAGUCGAUAGGUUGCUUGAUGAUUUAUAAGGGUCAAUAGGUGUUUGCAUUGCAAUACCUAGGUACCUAGCAGCCACGUAAGGGAGGGGGUUUAGUCUUGAUACCUUGGAAUGAAAUCGGUGAGAUAUUGGCGUUUAGACAAUGCUUAUAAAUGAACA